AUAUUGGUCUGCACCACGUCAACUUAAUGUUUUUGGGUUUUGCACUUUUGCUAAGGGUAACAUUUUUUAUGAUCAUAAGGUGGUGAGAGUUGCUUCUGGUGUUUUUGUUGUUGUUUAUUCAUUGGGAGCCAAUUCCUGCAUGCGUUGAACAAUACAAGGACAAUUACAUUCUUUACAUGACUUGGCUCUAUCUGUUGUGCCAUCUUUUUAUACGUGCACAAGGAUAACUACAUUCUGAAACUCUGGAAUUGAUUUCCUAGUAUUUCUUUUUAUUUUUAGGCAUAGUGGUGUCUAUGUUGAGUGUAUUGUAAUUAGGGAGAGCUUUGUUUGACGCAUAGAACUUCUUCUCACCUAUACAAGUAUAAAUAAGGUCCUGUUUCAUCUAUUGCAACAUCAUUUUCUGAGGUGAACUCAGGGAUGAAAAAAGGGAAGCAUUUACUUUCAAGACAACCAAACUCUUACAUAGUUAAUCCUUAGAAUCUGUUACAUAGGAAGGCCAUAUAGAAGUCAAAUAUUGACACUACUCUGUUGGAUCCUGCGGUUGCACUGUCCUGCCCCACUAAUCAAAUGCGUACGCCCAAUUAUACCAGCUUCUUUCUCUACGCCAGUACUGACAACAAUUUCAGGCCCCUUUCCAGAGAUGAAUGAAAUUGAGCCCAUUUUAAGGGUUAAAAUUUAUAGGGUAACAUUUACCUUAAAUUUUUUUAAUUUGUAUUAAUCGCAUCCUUAACCUAUAAAUAUUGUUACACCAACUUCAGCGUAUCACCUCUUAACAUCUUAAACCUGAAGUCUGUUUGGCUUUAACUGUGAUUGAUGGUAUUCAUGAUAUCAUCAUCCAAAUACUGUACCUGUAAAGUUUCUCUGCCAACUCAACUGUCUAUGCAAAUCCUGUCCUUUUCUUAUUUAUGAUCUGUAUUUUAUUAGGAUGUACCUUAAUCAGAGGCAGAGCCGCCCUCACAUCCUUCACAACCAAGUCCAGCAGCUUCAAUUCACAACCUCCAGCUCUACAGCUCCACCUUUAGAGCCACCUUUAGCCGCUGUUAAAGAAAGAAUCAGGCUGAGUAGCCUUCAGAGCACAAACGCAAGUGUUGCAGCAGCCUUAAAUCAGACUUCUUUUUUAGAAGUGCGUACAAGAGCAAGCAAGAUGGCUAGGCAAGCAAGAUAUAGAAUUUCUAUUUAGGCAUGGGCCUAGUCUGGGUUUGGAUCCAAACUGGUCAAAUUUAGAUUUGGUCAGAAUUAUCUUGAACCGGACUAAAACCAUUUUAUCAAUCCGAUCCAGUUUAUGCCAAAAAUCAUAUUUUUUCACUUUUAGAAAGUAAAAAAUUUUUGAAAAUCGUGACCGUCAAAUUUGAUUGAAUCAUAUCAAAUUAAAUGAAUUAAAUUGAAUAAAAACGAAAUCAAAUCGAAAUUGGCUCAAAACCAAAAAUAAAAACUGAGGCCAAGAGGAACCCUUUAGUUCGAUUUUGGAUCUCCAACCCUUUGAACCGAAACCACCUGCCUGAUUUCAAUUCUAACCCAAAAAAGAGCCGCGCCCAUGCCUACUCUACUUGCAUGCCCAAGGUCUUGCUAGCCCAUUACGGGUUCGAACACUUCAUCUUAUGUCAAAUCAAGAUUUAAGCGUGUGGAUUUCAUAAUUUCUUAAACAAUCCAGAUCAAAAUUUCCUAAAUUUUGCAGCUGAUUUAGAUAUUUUAAGUUGUAUGCAAAUUAAAAUAGGUCUCAGAAUUUUUUUUUUUAGUAAUAAAAAAAAACAGAUGUAGGAUCUCCAUGGCAGAACCAGGAAGAGCAGGCUUUAGAUUGUUUUGGGCGGCUUGUAUUAUUCUGUCAAACCACUAUAUAUGUUAAAAUGGGCAAGGAGAGAAUGUAAAUAAUCUGAUUGGCUCUCUAUAAACCUCAACUCAUUGGUCACAUUCCACGCCAUGCAAUAAUCCAACAAUUAAUGCGUGGAAAGUAAUUUUUUUUUUCCCUGUGCAAAAACUUCCUAGCCAUAAAAUCAAAAGCACUGACUUAGGCAGAAAAACUUCAAAGCAUCUUGAUUUAGGACCUUGUUUUUCACUGCUCAACAUCAAGUAAGUUUCUGGGUUCUUGCCGACUCCCUCUGUCUCCAACAUUAAUGGGUGCAAUGCAAGUUCGUUCUAUGGCUGCUCUUUUUCUUUUAAUCACUUUCAUGCUUCAAGUGCAUGGGAUGCAGAUUGAAGUAGUUGACAAAUAUAAAAAGGAUAGGUGUGAUCUUUAUCAAGGAAGAUGGGUUUAUGAUGCUUCUUAUCCUCUUUAUAAUGCAACAAAUUGCCCUUUCAUCCUGCAAGAAUUUGAUUGCCAAAAGAAUGGUAGACCAGAUUCACUCUAUCUCAAAUACAGGUGGAAGCCCACUUCAUGCACAUUACCAAGAUUCAAUGGUAAAAAUUUCUUAUCAAAAAUGAGGGGGAUGAGUAUAAUGUUUGUAGGGGACUCAUUGAGUUUGAAUCAAUGGGAAUCAUUGGCUUGCAUGCUUCACACAGCAGUACCAGAAGCCAACUAUACUUUGCAGAGAAUUGGAGGCCUUUCCAUAUUCAAAUUUCAAGAGUAUAAUGUUUCAUUGAUGUUCUCUCGGAACGCAUUUCUAGUAGACAUUGUUGAAGAGGAUAUUGGAAGAGUUCUAAAAGUAGACUCCAUAAGCAGUGGAAAGUUAUGGAGAAGAGUUGAUACACUUAUCUUUAACACAUGGCAUUGGUGGCUUCACACAGGAAGAAAGCAACCAUGGGAAUGGAUCCAAGAAGGGAAAAGAAUAUAUAAAGACAUGAAUCGAUUGGUGGCCUAUGAGAAGGCACUCAGUACGUGGGUUAGAUGGAUUCAGAUCAAUAUUGAUCCUACUAAAACCAAGGUUUUUCUACAGGGUGUUUCUCCAGACCAUACAAAUGCAACGGAAUGGAGCAAUUCAUUAGGAAAGAAUUGUGAGGGAGAAACAGAGCCAUGGUUCAAGCCAAACUACCCAGGGAGCACACAUCCAGCACAAACUAUUGCAGAGAGAGUCCUGGGAACCAUUUCAAAGCCAAUUUAUAUGCUCAACAUCACAUCACUUUCACAACUAAGAAAAGAUGGGCAUCCCUCAGCUUAUGGUUUUGGAGGUCAUCGGGCCGCAGAUUGUAGCCAUUGGUGCCUCCCUGGUGUUCCUGACACUUGGAAUGAGCUCUUACAUGCAGCCCUCAUUUACAAUUAAAUCUUUUCUAUAAUAAUUGACGAUUUUAGUUCUAUGAAAUAAAAUUAUUACAAAUCUGCAGGCUAAUAUUGGAUAUUCACAUUUCCAUGAUAAAUAGAAACAAAUUCAAACUUUAUUAUUA